AUGGCAUCGCAGCUUCUGCCCCUUGAGUUGAUCGAUAAAUGUGUUGGAUCUAAGAUAUGGGUCGUUAUGAAAGGAGAUAAAGAGUUCAGCGGAACUUUACUCGGAUUUGAUGAUUAUGUUAAUAUGGUCUUAGAAGAUGUCACGGAAUUGUAUGGAUGGGCCACCAUUUUCACUGUUGAAUUUUGCACUGAUGUUCUUCCAAUAAGUGACUACACAGGAGCCCAAACCAAACUUCCAAAGAUCCUACUAAAUGGAAAUAAUAUAUGCAUGCUGAUCCCCGGUGGCGAGGGACCGAGUGGCUCUGCAAGCUAG